UAUAAAAAUACAGCAGCUGCAGAACCAAAUUCGUCUGGAGCAAGAAAGUGGCCAGUGGUAUCGUCACCAACAGCAACCUGAUCGUCACCAGCACGCUCCCUCCUCUCCUUCCUUUCCUCCUCCUCCCUCCUUCCAGGAGCUUGAGUCCAGCCAGUCUGUCAUCUCUCCUGUGCCAAUGAGUAUUCUUAACUCUCAUACUUCCCCAACCAUGCAGUCUUCCAGCUCCUUCAACUAUGCUCGGCCUAAACAGUUCAUUGCUGCUCAGAACAUCAGCCCUGCUUCAGGUUAUGUGACUCCAUCUUCAGGAUCGUCUACGUCCAGCCUUCCUUCUCCUAUGUCUCCAACUGCUUCUCAGAAACAGUUUGGGAGAGUGCCUGUUCCCCCCUUCUCUCAGCAGUUUGCUCCAGAAGGGGAGUACGCCUGGUCUCCUUCUUCUCCAUCCCCUCCGCCCCCGCCUCCACCUAUCUUUAGUCCAACCACGACAUAUCCAGUGUGUGAUUCCUUUCCACUUCCGCCUCCUCCACCCCCUCCUCUUCCUUCACUUUCUUCACCUUCCCACAGCCUGUCUCCAACGCCCAGAUUUCCUAAUUCCGGCCAGUCUCCAGCAGCUUUUCUCAGCUCCAUGCUGCCGUCCCAGCCACUGCCCGUUUCUGUCAACGCUUUGGGCCUCCCAAAAGGAGUAACGCCUCCGGGAUUUCCUAAGAAAACAGGCAGAACUGCUAGGAUAGCAUCAGAUGAAGAGAUUCAAGGGUCAAAAGAUGCUGUAAUUCAGGAUCUGGAAAGAAAACUUCGCUUCAAGGAAGACCUUUUGAACAAUGGGCAACCGAGAUUAACAUACGAAGAGAAAAUGGCUCGUCGACUGCUGGGAGCAGACAGUGCUGCAACUGUCUUCAACAUACAGGAACCGGAAGAGGAGCCCGCUGUACAGGAGUAUAAAGUCUCCAGCUUUGAGCAAAGAUUGAUCAGUGAAAUUGAAUACAGGCUGGAGAGAUCUCCUGUGGAAGAAUCAGAUGACGAGGUGCAACAUGGAGAUGAACCUAUUGAUAACAGUGUAUCGCCGUAUUUUGAGAUAAAGCUGAAGCAUUACAAAAUCUUCGAGGGAAUGCCAGUCACAUUUACAUGCAAAGUGGCAGGAAAUCCAAAGCCAAAGAUUUAUUGGUUUAAAGAUGGGAAGCAAAUUUCUAAACGAAGUGAUCACUACCGAAUUCAAAGAGAACCUGAUGGAACUUGCUCGCUGCAUACUGCAGCCUCCACCCUGGAUGAUGAUGGGAAUUACACUAUUAUGGCUGCUAACCCACAGGGCAGAGUAAGCUGCACGGGCAGGCUUAUGGUUCAAGCUGUAAAUCAAAGAGGCCGCAGUCCUUGGUCACCUUCUGGUCAGCCUCAUAUGAGAAGACCACGAUCUCGAUCAAGGGACAGUGGUGAUGAAAAUGAACCAAUUCAGGAACGAUUCUUCCGGCCUCAUUUUCUGCAGGCUCCUGGAGACCUGACUGUUCAAGAAGGAAAACUCUGCAGAAUGGACUGCAAGGUUAGUGGAUUACCGACUCCAGAUUUAAGCUGGCAACUUAAUGGAAGACCAAUUCGCCCUGAUAGUUCUCACAAAAUGCUGGUGCGUGAGAACGGUGUGCACUCCUUGAUCAUAGAACCAGUCACAGCCAGAGAUGCUGGAAUCUACACGUGCAUUGCCAGCAAUCGAGCUGGUGAAAAUACAUUCAGCUUGGAGCUCAUUGUUGCAGCUAAGGAAGUACAUAAAGCACCUGUGUUUAUAGAGAAGCUACAAAACACAGGCGUGACUGAGGGAUUCCCUGUGCGACUGGAGUGUCGAAUCUCGGGGGAGCCAUCUCCUCAGAUAUUUUGGAAGAAGGAGAACGAGUCACUCACAUAUAACACUGACCGAGUGAGCAUGCACCAGGAUAACUACGGCUACAUCUGCCUGCUUAUUCAGGGAGCCACAAAGGAAGACGCGGGCUGGUACACUGUUUCAGCUAAGAAUGAGGCUGGGAUUGUGUCAUGCACUGCCAGGUUGGAUGUUUAUACUCAGUGGCAACAACCACCUCAGACUACCAAGCCAAAGAAGGUGCGGCCCUCAGCCAGCCGAUACGCUGCACUCUGUGACCAAGGACUAGACAUCAAAGCAGCUUUCCAGCCUGAAGCAAACCCAGUCCACCUGACAAUGCAAUCUGGCUUGGUAGAGAGUGAUGAUCUGUAGAUCCACCUGCCGCUUCCAUCGUUUUCUUUCAAAACAGAAACACUGAAAGCCAUUGCCUUGACCAAUGAUACUCCUAUGUCACUUUAUGCAAAGGCAGACACCUUCAAGUACAAAAGAUAAACAACAAACACAAUAACCAUGUAUUCCUUACUCAUUAUACCAAAUUAGAAGAAUAGAUAGAUUUUUUAAUAGAAGUGUACACAUUGCACAACAGAUCACGUUCACCAGUUCCUUAUACCUAAGUUGCUUCAGCUCUUACGAAUAACCCGUUUUCAUACAGGCCAAAAUACAUCGGAGAAACAGAUUUUUUCAGAAGAGAACACUAUUUAUCACUACAUGCCCUCCUAAGCAGUGAGUAGAUGCUACACAAUCUUAAUGGUGCAAGCUGUUUUAUUUGAGGCUGUUAGAUCACAAAGAAAAUUAGAAUGUCUGGUUAUCUGUAGUCCUAAAAUGGCAAUGCCUUCUGAUAGCUACAGUGAACAAGUGCAAUAUUGUAAGAAUAAAACAGGAAGGGACAAGGAAGAGAAACAUAAACAUGUGCUGUAUCUCUGCAAACUGCCUUCUAUUCUACA